AUGGAGGAAGCAGGUGAUGACUGCAAUUAUUUGGGUUUACCGAAUAUGAUGAAAAAGAGCAAAGUGGUGACCUUGGGUUUUCUAAAGGAUAAGGUCAAAAAGAGAGUUCAAAGCGGGGAUGGAAGAUUCUUUUCUCAAGGAGGAAGAGAGGUAUUGAUAAAAUCUGUAGCUCAGUCGCUUCCUACAUAUGCGAUGAGUGUCUUUUUACUUCCGCUGGAAAUAACAAAGGAUAUAGAGAGAAACUUAUCCCGUUUCUGGUGGAACUCUAAAGGUGAUAAUGGCAACGUUUAUAAGGCUAAGUACUUCGCAAACAUCUCUUUUAUUGAGGCUCAUAUUGGAGAUAAUCCUAGUUAUAUUUGGGGAAGCAUUUGGGAAAGCAAAGAUCUUAUUGCUGCUGGUAUGAGGUGGAGGGUAGGCUCUGGGGAGAAAAUUUCUAUAGUGGGUCAACCUUGGCUAAUGGAUUCACACAAUCCCUUCAUCACUUCGAAUUCAAAGGUGCUUAGAAAAAACAAAGUAUGCUCGCUAAUGGUAUCUGAUCAUAGAGGUUGGGAUGAAGAUAUUCUCCGUGAUCUUUUUAACGAAAUAGACCAGUAA